UGCGACUGAGAAAGCAAGUCCAUCUGUGCCUGUAAAAAUAUUUUGUAUUAAACGUUAAAAUUAAACAAAUUUCACAUUGAAAAGUGUGGUAAAGCUAACGUACAAGAAACAAUGAAAAAUAUUAUCUAAUUUUCCCAAACUUCGAACUGUCCUAAAUGUGCAGACUAGGGAACUAGCCGCCAGAAUUCUUGUACAAAGGGAAAUUCUACCUGUUUGGGGAUACUACACUAAAGUUAAUUCUUUUGAUUUAAAAAAAAUGUUUUCUUGAUUUUCUUUUUCGGAUAAUGUUCAUUUUAAAUUUUCCAGAAAUUGGAAUUAUUUAACUCAUCACUUUCUGCCAUCUAUUGGUCAAAUUAUAAACUUAAAAUAUCUCGAUUGUCAUUAAUCGACUUACAUGAUCGAAUGUUGAUAAAAUUAGCCACACCAAAUGUCAGGUUUAACCGCUAUUUAGCAUAAGUAUAAUUAGGUACAGUUUCAAUUAAUCUUACUUGGCACUAUUCCGAGAUUACGGACGUGGCGUUUGGUUAAGUUCUGAAAUCAGCGGCAACGUUAUAUACUCAUCAAAAUGAAUUCAGUCAUUUCAUACUUAUUAGUAUUAUUGUCUAUCACCACUGCAAAUGUAAAUUCUUACUUUAUAACCGUCGAUGCUCAUGCUGAAGAGUGUUUUUUUGACAAAGUGGAAACUGGCACAAAAAUGGGAUUGAUGUUUGAAAUUGCUGAAGGUGGUUUUUUGGACAUAGAUGUCAAAAUUAUUGGACCAGAUGGUAAAGUAAUUUAUCAAGGAGAACGUGAAACUAGUGGAAAAUACACUUUUGCAGCACACAUGGGGGGUGUCUACACAUAUUGUUUCAGUAAUAAAAUGUCUACUAUGACUCCUAAAGUUGUGAUGUUCAAUAUGGACAUAGGAGAAGCCCCCAGUAAGGAUCAAGAUGCUGCUCAGGCAGGGGCUACAGGGCAAGAUGAUCACAAUAAGCUGCAAGACAUGAUUAAGGAAUUGUCAACAACAUUGACUGGUGUAAAACAUGAACAAGAGUAUAUGCAAGUCAGAGAUCGUAUUCAUCGCAGCAUCAAUGAAAGCACCAACUCAAGAGUAGUUAUGUGGUCAUUCUUUGAAGCUCUGGUGUUGGUUGCUAUGAUAAUGGGUCAAGUGCAUUAUCUGAAAAGAUUUUUUGAAGUUAGGCGUGUUGUUUAAUGUUAAUGAGAAUUUGAAGACUGUUCAGUGGUUGAGUUUUUGAAAUAGGCACUCUUGUGCUUCCAAUACUUGUGGACAAAUGAAUGCAAUAAGACAUGACGUGUUUUGCAAUCCAUUCAAAUACAAACUAGUGGGGAAUUUUUUUAAUAUCUGCUCUCAAUUUUCUUUAAUAAAAAUGAAGUUAAUUCUACUUUUCAUUCAGGAACUCCACUUCUUAAAUU